CCUGCGGUCCGCGCGGUGGUCCUCAAGCCAGCCGGCUGAGGGAGCGGCCGCGCUACGGUCCGUGGGCGCUCGCUCCCGGCUGCUCCGGCCCCGCUUGUCGGCCGCGCCGCGUCAUGCCAGGCGCUGCUAGGCGCUAGUGCCCAGGCCUCCGCCCGCCUGCCCGUAGCCGCGCCCACUGCCUAGAGCCAGAGGGAUGGUGGUAGUCACGGGGCGGGAGCCAGACAGCCGUCGCCCAGACGGUGCCAUGUCCAGCUCCGACGCCGAAGACGACUUUCUGGAGCCUGCCACCCCAACGGCCACGCAGGCGGGGCACGCGCUGCCCCUGUUGCCCCAGGAGUUUCCUGAGGUUGUCCCACUUAACAUUGGAGGGGCUCACUUCACCACACGCCUGUCUACCCUGCGACGCUACGAAGACACCAUGCUGGCCGCCAUGUUCAGUGGGCGGCAUUACAUCCCCACUGACGCUGAGGGCCGCUACUUCAUUGAUCGGGAUGGCACGCACUUUGGAGAUGUGCUGAAUUUCUUGCGCUCGGGGGACCUGCCACCUCGGGAGCGUGUACGGGCUGUGUACAAAGAGGCCCAGUACUAUGCCAUUGGGCCCCUCCUGGAGCAGCUGGAGAACAUGCAGCCACUGAAGGGGGAGAAAGUGCGCCAGGCGUUUCUGGGACUCAUGCCUUAUUACAAAGACCAUUUGGAGCGGAUUGUGGAGAUUGCUCGGCUGCGUGCGGUACAGCGGAAGGCCCGCUUUGCCAAGCUCAAAGUCUGUGUCUUCAAGGAGGAGAUGCCCAUCACCCCCUAUGAGUGUCCGCUUCUCAACUCCCUGCGCUUUGAGCGGAGCGAGAGCGAUGGGCAGCUCUUUGAGCAUCACUGCGAAGUGGAUGUGUCUUUCGGGCCCUGGGAGGCUGUGGCUGAUGUUUAUGACCUGCUGCACUGCCUGGUCACGGACCUCUCAGCCCAGGGCCUCAUUGUGGACCACCAGUGCAUUGGGGUGUGUGACAAGCACCUCAUCAACCACUACUACUGCAAGCGCCCCAUCUAUGAGUUCAAGAUCACAUGGUGGUAGGAGUGUGCCCACCCACCCGGGGCAAACAGCUCUAUUCUCUCCUGUUGAGAGGUCUCCAAGGGAAGAAGAUGCCACAAUUGCAUAGUCACUUGUAUGGCUCAUAACCAUGUCGGGUAAUUCUGAAAGAAAGCCCUCCUGUCAUAUCACCACUUCUUUCCAAAGGAGAGAGAAGCGGCCCUAAGCUUAUGUGAGCCUCAAUGGUUAAGACCAUUCCUUGAGGAAAAUGGACAUAAGUUGCCCUUCCUCUGAAAGGAGAGUUUGACAUCUUCCUGGCUAAUGAGCAUCCUCAUUAAGAUGCUCCUUGGAGUCGCUUCAUGGAUUAACCCAGAAAGGUGAGUUCUGAGAUGCUGGGUAGCUAUGCCACCCUCCAACUACUUCCCUUAAAUCUUUGAUUAUUCUGACUUUUAAACAAAAGCACUGCAUAAUCUGUGUCAAAUGUAUCCCUUGACCUAAUCACUGCUCACAUAAUCACAUAGUAAUAAUACACUAAUAACACCUUACAAGUUGGAAACUGAAGUGUAUAAGGGUGUAAUUUCCCCAAGGGCACAUAGCUAGUAAGUGGCAGAGCCAGGAUUCAAACCCAGAGCCCUUUUCUCAAAUCCUCAGGGUGUUCAACAGCAGGACCCUCCCUUCCUCUUGGCAGCUUGGCAUCCCACCUGUGAGGCUCAGGGCUUCAUCCUGCUUAACCUGUGAAGAUUUGAAAAGCAAAUAUUUCUAGAAGGAAUAUUAGAAAGACUUCCUUAGAUGUGUAGGUUAAGUAGCACCUAAGCAUUAAGAAGAUAGAUGAUGUUCCCAAUUUACUGUCUUUCUUGAUGAAGGACACAUGUCCACUAGGUGGAGAAGGGCCCUGCUCAUGGGGCAACGAGUGGAGGAUGACUUAGCAGGUGAGUCAUGGUUCCCUGGCUGGACCCUGGGUGUGGCAGGGUAAUCCAGGACAGCCUGAGUUAAUCAGACUCCUGCAGCGUAUAGGUCUAAUCAUACAGAGGUGCUGUGCAGCCUGACCCCAUGGGGAGGUAUGCCCAUACCACGAGUGACUGGCUCGUGUCAAGAGAAUAAUUGAAUGGGAGGCUCUUAAGUUUAGCUCAGGGGAUGUUGUGUGCCUGGCUCAUCGCCCUUGGAUUCUGGGUCCCUACUCUGCCUGUGUGUUCCUUUGUCAUCAUUUUGAAGAUGGCCUCUUAGCUGGUUUUGCCUACUUUUCAUUUUGAUUUAACUUAGAGUGUGUUCCUUUAGCUUUUAGUUACUUACUUUUAACUUUCUGUCCU